AUGUGGCUUCAAGUGCAAACCAAGCUCAACUUUGUUACACUCAGAAACACUGGAAUUGAAGAUAUAAUACCCGAUGGCUGGUUCGAAGGAAUCGGUUCUGAAGUAACUUACCUGAUUCUCACAAACAACAUAAUCAAAGGUAGAUUACCUCAUAAGCUUGCGUUCCCAACGUUAAACACCAUUGAUUUGAGCUCCAACAACUUUGAAGGCCCUUUUCCUCUCUGGUCAACAAACGCAACAGAGCUGCGUCUUUAUGAGAACAACUUCUCGGGUUCUCUUCCACUUAAUAUUGAUGUCUUGGUGCCAAGAAUGCAGAAGAUCUACCUCUUCCACAACAACUUCACCGGAAACAUCCCAUCGUCUCUAUGUGAAGUCUCCGGAUUGCAAAUUCUGUCUCUAAGGAAGAACCAUUUCUCUGACGCAAUACCAGAGUCUCUCGGUAUGUUACCUUCUCUCAGCGUCUUGCUUCUGAACCAAAAUGCGUUCGAAGGUGAAAUCCAAGAGAGUCUUCAGAAUUGCUCUAGCCUUACGAACAUUGAUUUUGGAGGAAACAAGCUGACUGGGAAGCUUCCUUCAUGGGUAGGAAAGCUGUCUUCUCUGUUCAUGCUUCCUCUGCAAAGUAACUCCUUCACUGGUGCAAUCCCAGAUGAUCUCUGCAGCAUUCCGAAUCUACGCAUUAUGGACCUCUCUCGAAACAAAAUCUCGGGCCUGAUUCCAAAAUGCAUCAGCAAUCUCACAGCCCUUGCUCGAGGUACAAGAAAUGAGGUGUUCCAGAAUCUCGUAUUCAUUGUGACAAGAGCUCGUGAAUACGAAGACAUAGUCAAUAGCAUAAACUUUUCAGGGAACAACAUAAGCGGAGAGAUCCCAAGAGAAGUCUUGGGCCACUCAUAUCUCGAAUCUUGA